UACCUUUUCUAAUAACCAAUAUUCUUCAAACAUUCUAUUUUACCUUGUAAUUCCUCUAAUUACCUAAAGGAAGAAUUCUGAUCAUGGAUUCUUCUGUGAUUAGGGUUAAUGGAGAAAUGCUCAAGGUAUUUGUAAUCAUGGCCUACCUAUUGGCUGCAUCUUCAGCAGGCAAUUUCUAUCAAGAUGUGACUAUAACUUGGGGCGGCCCCCGGGGUCAGAUUCUAAAUGGGGGCCAAACUCUAUCAUUGUCCCUCGACAACAUUUCCGGCUCAGGUUUCGAAUCCAACUAUCAGUUCUUGUAUGGAAGGUUUGAUGUUCAGCUCAAGCUUAUCCCUGGAGACUCUGCCGGCACCGUCACCACAUUUUUCUUGUCAUCACAAGGAACAGCGCAUGACGAGAUUGAUUUCGAGUUCUUGGGGAAUUCUUCGGGGCAGCCGUACACUGUGCACACAAAUGUAUUUGCACAAGGACUAGGCAACCGAGAACAACAAUUCAAACUCUGGUUCGAUCCCACCAUUGAUUUCCACACUUACACCAUUAUUUGGAACUCCCAACGCAUCAUCUACAUGGUGGACAACAUUCCAAUUAGGGUUUUCACAAACUACAUAGCAAAUGGAGUUUCAUACCCGACAAGCCAGCCAAUGAAGGUGUACGCCAGUUUGUGGAAUGCCGAUGAUUGGGCAACACAAGGGGGUCGGGUGAAGACAAACUGGGCAUUGGCCCCUUUCACCGCCACUUACCGGUAUUACAACGCAGACGCGUGUAUGAUUAAUGGAAUGACCAAUUCAUGCAAUGACGGAAUUAGCCGGCCAUGGCAAACACAGGGGUUAGAUGCCAAUGGAACCAACGCUAUACGAUGGGUUCAACAAAAUUAUAUGAUCUACGAUUACUGCACUGAUUUUAAAAGGUUUCCUAUGGGGCUUCCUACGGAAUGCAAUCUCCCGAGGUUUUGAUGAUCAAGCUUCAACUCUCUUUUUUCUCAUUCGAUUCAUAUAUAUAUGUUGAAUAUUAUUUCCUUAAUUCUUUUUUUCCUUUUUUGCUACCAAUGAAUGAAAUGUGAUGUUGCAUUUAUUUUUAAUAUAUAUUUGCUGUUUGUUUCUGA